AAAUUGUUCAUGUAGACUUUUUUAGAGCCUUUUCGUGUAUAUGAGAACUUUAUGAUAUAGAGGUGUAUCAAACUUGCAUGCCAAAAACGAUGUACCUCCCACUAAGGUAAAGGGUACGAAAUCAUUCACAAUAAGUCACAAGGAAUAUCACUCAAAAGGAAAAUGGCCAACGGUGUGGGCGCAUCGACAUUAAGGCUAGGCUUGAUAAUCAAUGCUCUCAGUCUGGGCGUGGCCGAUUUGUUUGUAAGCGAGCUAUACGGCGAGCUAUCCAGUAAAUAUGUUCGUGAGAAUAUAGUCAUAUGCCCCGCUUCCUUGCGCAUGGGCUUGAUAUUGCUUUACAUUGGGGCUGAAGGUGAAGCAGCAGCUGAACUAAAAAAUACUUUGUAUCUUCACGGUGACACUAAGACUCAGAUUUUAGAAGAUCACAAAAAACAAAUUAGCAUAACCAAUGCAGAUAUAACAAUGCAAAUUAGCCAGAAGCUAUAUGUGGACCACAAGUUUAAAAUAGACCCACAUUAUAUUUCUACAGGAUGGAAAUAUCUAUCUGGUCCAGCUGUAGAACCAGCGCACUUUGAAAAUCCAGAAAGUGCGGCCAAACAUAUUUGCAAUCAGAUUGAGAGGCACAUGUUGAACAAAUUCAAGGAGACUGUUGCCUCAAGUGAAAUAAGUUCGCACACAAAGAUUUUUCUUGCUAGUGCUUUCUACUUCAGUGGAAAGUGGCAAAAACCUUUCAUGAAGCUUGGCACUCGCAAGUUUUAUAACGUUAUGACGGGCUUACAUAUGUCCGUGACAAUGUACGGCAAGACGGACGAGGUUCUUCACGGCGAUCUACCUGAACUUAAUGCAAAAGGCGUCGAGAUACCCUACAAGAACUCCAAUAUAAGUAUGCUAAUAAUAUUGCCCGAAGAGAAUGACAAUAACCUAAGGCAUAUGGAGCAAGUUCUCCGCACCGUCGAUUUUCGCACGCUUAACAACAAUUUUCGGAGAGGCAACGUUCAUAUAGAGAUGCCCCGAUUUAGAAUUGAAUAUGAAAUGGAUUUCAAUGAAGUGCUUAAGGCUAUAGGACUGUCGAGUUUAUUUUCGAAUCCAGACUUAAGCAGUCUAUCACGCCAGAUGGGCUUAAGGCUUUCAAACACAAAACAGAAGGGUGUUAUUGAGGUCAACACAAAUAAUGAUAACGGGAGAUCGACUAUUGACGAUAAUCCUUAUAAUCCUCCGAAAAAAUUUAUUGUCGAUCGUCAGUUCAUUUUUAUUGUUAAGGAUCCCUACAUGGUGUAUUUUGUAGGACAUGUGAUAAGACCACAAUAAAAAUAUAAUGCUUAUUGUAUUACAAA